GUCCUCGCUGUGCUCUUCUGGAGUCGAAAUACGAAAUUGAUGAUGCUCAUUGCUCAACUGUUUUCCUUUAGAUUUUCUUUUAUUGUUGUGUUUCUCUCCAUUCUUACACUCCUCUUUGCAGAGGACUAUAAUUACCUCUAUCAUUUCUGUUAUAAUUCAUCUAGUCUCGCCGGUAACAGCACCUACAAAGACAACCUCAAUCACCUCCUCUCUUCUCUCUCUAACGCAUCCAACAGUACCAGUGAUGAUGGGUUCUACAACAUCACCUCUGGACGAGAACCCAACACCGUGUAUGGCCUCUUUCUCUGUCGCGGUGAUGUUAUAACCGAAAUUUGCCAGAAGUGUAUUGCCUCCGCCGCUAUCGAUGUAGCUCAGCGUUGCCCCACUGGGUAUGAGGCUGUAAUUUGGUAUGGGCAGUGCAUGGUCCGUUAUUCUAACCGGUCGAUCUUCUCUAUCAUGACCACUGACCCAAAUCAAGAUUUGGUGAUUAAUCGGGAUGUUCUAGGACCGGACCGGUUUAACCAGCUUUUGGCAGGGGCGGUGAAAGAUAUAGCAAAUCGGGCUGCGAAUGCUCCGGCGGGGGCUAAGAAGUUUGCGACCAAAGAAGUGAAAUUUAACGAGUUUCAGGACGUGUAUAGCCUCGCACAGUGUACGCCCGAUAUAUCCGGCGACGAAUGCAACAGAUGCCUUCAGUUUGCGAUCGGAGGCUUACCGGAAUGUUGCAGCGGGAAAGAGGCAGGAUUUGCGUUGUACCCAAGUUGUAUUCUUAGAUAUCAAAUUACCCCCUUUUAUAACCAAACCGAAGCUGCAGAACCGCCGUCCGUGUCGCCUACUCGACCACCAGUAAAUCCUCCAUCUCCAGGGAAAAGGCAGAUUUCAUCCGGUACCAUUAUUAGCAUUAUUGUUUCAGCAGUUGGAUCCUUGGUGAUUUUCUCCAUUGGCUUGUACUGGAUACUAAUCUGGAAAGCAAGGAAGAAGAAAACUAGACAGCCAAAGAAAGAUAAUGUUGGAAGCAAAACUGGGGACCAGUCAUUACAGUUUGAUUUUUGUAUAAUUGAAGAUGCCACAAACAACUUUGCAGAUGCUAACAUGAUUGGUGCUGGUGGAUUUGGCAGAGUGUAUGAGGGGGUACUUGCUAGUGGACAAGAAAUAGCUGUGAAGAGGCUAUCAAGAAGCUCUGGACAAGGUGGGGAGGAAUUUAAGAAUGAGGUUGUACUGUUAGCCAAGCUUCAGCACCGGAAUCUGGUUAGGCUGUUAGGAUUUUGCACAGAACGAAAAGAGAGAAUGCUAAUUUAUGAACUUGUUCCCAACAAAAGCCUUGACUACUUCAUAUUUGAUCCUCAGAAAAGAGCAGAACUGGAUUGGCCAAGACGUCACAAGAUAAUUAAAGGGAUUGCUCGGGGCCUCCUAUAUCUUCAUACUGACUCACGGCUAAAGAUCAUACAUCGUGAUCUAAAAGCCAGCAAUAUCUUGUUGGACAAGGAUAUGACACCCAAAAUUUCAGAUUUUGGCAUGGCAAGAAUUAUUGAAGAAAAUCGAACUCAAGAACCUACAAAGAGAAUUGUUGGUACAUAUGGCUACAUCUCUCCAGAGUUUGCAAUGCAUGGGAAGUUCUCUGAGAAAUCAGAUGUGUUUAGCUUUGGUGUGUUGAUGCUAGAAAUUGUAUGCGGCAAAAGGAAUACAAGCAUCUCUAACCCAAUUUAUGCUGAAAACCUUCUAACCUAUAACCCAGUAAGGGUAAAGAUUGAUUGAGGUGAUCCGAUUGGUUGAGUUAGAGAUUUGCAGAAGUUGAGGGUUUCCAUCGAUUCACGCCUGGGUUCUUCGGAACCUGUGGAACCCUUUCUUUUUUUUUUCUUUUUUGUUUUCUGUGGGUUUUGUUGUUUGAUGAUGAUGAAGAACUUAGAAUGUAGAGAUUGAUUGAGGUGAAUAGAUUGGUUGAGAUGUU